GUCAAAAAAAUAGACACGGGAACACAGCAGUGUUGAGGAGACCUGAAAGUGGCACAUGGCAGAGUCUGUGGCGGAUGGAGACAGCAGCAAAUGGGAGGCCGUACAGGGACCCAUGAGAGACUCUGGACCUGCAGCAGCAUGAGGAGGAGGCAGAAGGUAUAUAGGGGCCUAUGUAUAUUGCAGAUUAGGGGCCUGGCAGCAGUUGCUAUAGAGGCCCGUAAUCUGCCAGCAACCUAUGUCAAAAAAUUCAACACACCAGCAUUUUGUGUGAGGGACCUGUAAAGUCGUGACACAUGGCCAGAGAGGGCGAUAGAGACAAGCAGCAAUGGGAGUGGCCGUACAGUGACCCAUGAGAGACUCUGGACCUGGCAGCAGCA